GGAUGAGUCAAUUUCAAGUAAAUCUCAUAAAUUUGUCAAACCCUCACGAUUAAACCAUUUAUAGUUAUAACACAAGUACACUUAUUGUAGAUUUGCAUCAAUAAUUAGCUCAAAAGAGUGAUCAUGGCAAUGUUUAAAUCUAUUUUACCCAAAAUUAACCUUUCAAAGGAAACCUAAAUCGUUAUUUGCAUUAAAAUAUCAAAGAAUCUUCAAUAUAUUACAAUUUAAAUGUUUCAUAAAUAUAAACGCCAUCUGUGCAAUCUUUGAUGAAUACUUAAGAGAAUAAAAAGUAAUUAAUAAUUUCAGGAUUAUAAAAUCAGAACUCAUCUUAAUCAAUUUUAGGAUCUUCAUACCAAUCAAAAUCAGAAAAAUUAUGCUAGACAGAUGAUGAGUCAUUUUUAUAAAGUAAUGGCAACUAAUAAAUGUAAUCAUAUUUUAUUCUAAUUAGAAAUCAAGAGCAAAUUUAUUAAUUAUAAUCCAAAGUCUAAGAUUUAAAUGCUAUUUUAAAACAAAAAGAAGAAGAAAUGUAAAAGACUAUGUAUGAAAAUGAAAUUUUAUCAAAAGACUUAUAAAAUUAGAAUGAAAAAAAUAAUUAAAUCAUCUUGGAUUUAAAUAGAUAAAACGACGAUUUGAAAGAUUAAUUGACCCAAUUAUCAAGGAAGGCACAACUCGACGAAAAGAAUAUAGAGAAUUUAAAAACUCAGAUUGAAUAACUGAAGAUUGAAAAUGAGUCCAAAAAUAUUAUAACUCAUUAAAUAAUGUAACUAAAUGAUAACCAUUUCUAAAAAUAGUAAGGACUUGCGGAAAUUCAACAAGAAUAAAAUUAACUCUAAUCACAAAAAAAUGAAAUAGAUUUAUUGUCAUUUAAUGAUACUGUAGAAACUUAUAAAAAUAAAUGUGGACAUAUGAUAGAAAGGAACAAAUUAGAAAACUUAUUGAUUUAUGCUGUGAAGAAUAAAUAAAUUGUAAAAUGUGAAACUUGCAAUUCUAAUUUUUCUUCCUCUAUUUGUUAGGAUAUUGGCAUGAUUGGUUAAAAUUACUUAAAGUUAAAAUCCACUUUAGAAUUAUCUGAAAUGUAAAAUAGUUUUAAGGCACUUUAAAAAUCACAUCUAAAUGUAGUUACUUGUGAAAAUAGGAGCUGUAAUUUUUUUUGUGUUUAUUAAACUGCAAAUCAAUAUUCCGAUAGUGAUUAUAGUUAUUGUCCAAAUUGCUUGGGAAUGUUUGUUAAGAAUCCUCAAGAAGUGCCUCAAAUUAUAAAUCUUUGA